GCCAGUACGCGAAACACGUUCGACCGGACCGGCGGCGGCGACGACGACGACGACGGCGGCGGCGGCGGCAGCGAGAUAACUGCAAUAAUUAUUAUCGUAAUACGUGCACGUGUGACGUUCGAGCCUGCGACGACAGAAGACGGAGAACGGAUAGGGAUAAAUAUCGUACUGUACGGUUUUUAACGCGCGCGUUUUUUAUCCGCUCUGUGCAAUAGAAUUAUAUAUUUUUUUACGGAUCCGUCGACGCAGGAAUCGGAACGACGCGUUUGUUUUUUUUUUUUUUGUUUUCCUAUAUUUUCCAUCGUCGUCGCCGCGAUCGCAUCAUCGUUUCUCGACCCUUUGAACCGACCGUUCAGUGCGAUCUGAGAACGGUGUUUGUUUUGUUUUUGUACCUGCAACGCGAGUUAGCCAUCCGGCCGGUAUCAUCCCACACGGUAUUCGGUACAUUAUUGUUAUUUCAUCGCACGAGUCGCAAGAGCAUCUGAUACACGGGGACCAGUGGAACCUGUAGCGACGGACGAGCGAAUCCGAAUCGCAAACGAGAACGGACUCGCCGCAUUCUCGCGCCAUUUAUUGAUGCCACGGGGCGCUUGUUGCGCUACACGACAUGGAGGUGAUCCCUCUGAUAAGGAAUUCAGCCACAGGCUCGGAGCCUUCGAACGGCGACAAUGGCAUCAAAAGACACGUCCAAGAAUGGUCGAGGCUAGACAGGUUGACCGGAAUCCUGGAGCACGCCAGAGUCGAAGCUGACCAAUGGACCAAUCACACAGCCAAUACCAAACACAAAUACGGAAAGGUGGUGGAUAGACGCGCCAGGAAUCUCGCCGAUGGCAGUAAAGAGGAGACAAAACAGACCAAACAACUGGAAGUGUUUCAAGCUCACACUGACGGCUGCUCUGUCCAAGUGAUCAGAUCUCAAACAAGUACCACCAGUUCGUGGCACAAUUCCACCACUGGUUCCAGUGCAUUCCAAUGGCCGUCUUCAAUAUUUGAUAAAAAAGACAAUCAGUUCGAUCAUUUGCGUUUGGAUUACAGUCCUUUGGACGUAAGUUCGCAGAAGAACAAAGCGAGCAUAGGUCGGAGCGGAUCGAUCAGCACCAGAAGACCGCCGACUCGUAGACCGCAGACCGUUACGUCACAGUUGCCAAGGAUAGACAGUGCUGUCGACUCGGUCAAUACAACCUCGGAAACGUCGAGUGUAGCAGGUAGCCUGCGCGAGAGCAAUGACGACGACGGGUCAGUCUCGACAAACUUGAACCGACUGAAAAGUUGUUCUAACGAUGAGAUACGCAGCGAUGUCAAUGAGUCGGACGAGCCUCUGGACCGGUCUUCCAGGUUCCGGAGGUCCUUGCAGUUCGCGCAGUUGAAAAACGGUGGUGCUGACGGCGGCCGCGGCAAAGUGUCCACGGGCGAACUGGAGGACGUGCUUAAAAAGGUGCUAGGCAAGAAACUGCAUGUGGCGAGCAACGGUGACACUUUGGCGACGGUGGAUGAGGGGUCGUUGAUCAAGCCCGCGUCGCCAUUGAAAAAGCCCACUUUCAUCACGGUGGAAUGUCUGAAGAAGACCAAAAGCAGUUUGCGGCACUUAAACGACGAGGACUGUAGCAAGGACGACGAUGGCAUAGAAAUGGACGUGAAGCCAGCGGUGGUCGGAGACUCGCGGAGCUUGGACUACAGAGGUUCGGCCAAGACGGAGGAGUGGUACAAUCGGCGGAAAUCAUACGGGUUCGAGAAAGUACAGACGGCAGCGGAUCACUGCGGUAACGAUAAGCACGUGGCAACGGAUCCAUACGCGAUAGACUCGUCGACGGACAGCGGAAUAUGCCGGUCCACGGAAAACGGGUUGUCGAACUCGAGCCGUCAGUCCUCGGUGGACCGCGAGUCGAUCGCCGAUCUAGUCAAGAAGUACUCCGCAAAAGAGAUCAACAAUAACUCCAACAAUAGUGCGUAUGCGUACAACACCACCGGGGUGGCCAAAGGGAAGAUACUCGAGGCCAUCAACAGCCUGAGGUCUAAAUCGAGUGCGUAUUUCGACGUAGUCAAGCCCAACGACGCCACAUCCAAGGACAACGAUGACGGGGAUUGUAAAGAACAACAGCAGGUGUACACAAGACGACUUUCCGUCGGUAUGGAUCUGUCAACGGACAAAAAAGCCGAUGGAGAUGAGAUUCCAAAACGUCAUUCCAUAGCAGUGGUCAGCGAAAUGGCCGACAGAGAGCCGAGCAUCGACAAAAAGAACGUCAAUAAAAAAGUCGAGUUUUGCAGGACUGAGGUGCAUUUUGACGCGACUCCGGGAAAAAUAAACAUCGUAGACAUGGAGGACAAGCCGGUUCCUGCUCAACUGUAUCGCCCGAAAAAAAGGUACAAUCGUCCGCCCGAGAAAAGCCACGGACUUCCCGAGUAUCGGUUCGGCGAUGACGUGCACAACGACGUGCUGUCGCAGAUCAACGGAAAUAACAACGGCAAUGAAUGCACGUCGGUCGCGGCGACGGUGACGAUGUCAACGGAAGACGAGACAGCGGUUGGCGUAGGGGAUGGCAGCAACAAACCGAAAAGCAUACUCAAACGUCAGCAGCAUCAGCAACAGCAGCAGCAGAACGGUGGUGACGACAGCAACGACCGUGGCGGCGUCGCGUCCGACAACGGCAUCGAAGUGAGGAUCUCCUCAACGGAAUCUACGCCGGUAGACUGUAGACGAGCGUCCUGGUCUGUGGCCGACAGGGUGAAGCAGGUGGAGGCGGUCGGAUUCUCAACCCGAGUGAACUUCACCGAAGGUGAAACGACAGCCGUGGGUUUCGACCCGGCUGACCCCAGGAAACAUCGGUACUCGUACAAUGGCACGGCCUCACCUGUCUGGUACCAGAACAACGGGAACCCGUUGACCACAGAUACUCCGACCAAGUGCCACGAGAAAUUGUUGGUGCGCAUCGGCGGCGGCAGUGGUACGUGCAACAUGGGCACCAGGACGAACAUGGCGCCGGCAGUGAACCUAUGCACGUUUUCCAAAUGCUUCGGCGACCGGACGGCCACGGAACGGCUGUCGUCCACGUCGCUGGUGCUAAACACGGCCAGGCUACGUGCGGAACAGCCCAGCACGUACCUGGAAGAGAUGAACACGAAGAUGCAGGGCCGGUUCCAGAAGGCGGCGUGCAGUACGUCGUGGCCACGAUAUGGCCACAAAUCAUACCCGGCGCUUGCGGCAUCUCGCAAAUACAACCUGCUCAAGAGCUGCGCAGACAUCAAGCGCGAACGUGUGGCCGACGGAAUGCCGGAUGUGAUCGGCGCCUUGGACGACCUGAGUAGGACCAUCGACGCACAGAUCGUGGAUCACAUGGCUGAUCGACACGUGACGCUCAUCAAAGUGCGCCAGCACGACCAGGAAAUCCACGGCCGGCUCGAGUACGCCAAAGAUCUCAUGAGCACCGACGAGAUUAGUGAGGAGAGUUUAAAGGCUGACGAAGAGGUGAGGUCGUACAUGAUGACCGCUGACUGUGCUAAUGAGGAUGACGUACCUUCAGAUUGCGAAAAUCUCAAAAAGCUCAUAUCUACCGUAAAAAAAAAUAUCAAACAAUCGCAUAAUUGUUCUCAAGAUGACCGUCUGACCAAAUUGGACGUCAAAUCCUACGAAUCGACCCUGCAAGUGGUGCCAAACGUCACUUCGGUCUUGUUAAAUCACGAAAAACCGAUGGAGUCUGCCGAACGGUCACAAUUUCAACCGGUGAGUGUGCAAACCACCCAGCAACAGGUGGUGACUGCCACGCACGUGGUAAAACACCAGUUCGACGAUUCGUUUCAGAAACAACAGCCGAGCAAACGGGUGCCGAUAAAGAUCGUACAAGAUAAUCGUAAGAACGUCACCAAGCCGAAACCCGAAAUAUCCAAAACGGAUGUGCCGGUGGCCAAAAUAUCCACCACCGUGUCUUUAAAACAGGUUCCUAUGACGGUGCAGCCGAAACCAGUGAGCAACGAGAAAAAAAAACUGGAAAAAAAAGAGUCUAUAUAUGGUAAUAUAGGGUACCGAGCCGGCAGCCAGCGCCUCAAAGAUAAACAAGCUGUAACCGUGUCUUCGGUAAUAUCGACAGCAAACAAACAGACACAGGACUUGUUCAGCACGGGUAGGGACAGCUGGCUAAACAUGCCCAAAGACCUAGGCCCAAAGCUCAACAAAUCUAAGGUGACUACGUACAAGUCGACCAGGAACCGGAAAGAGACGAUGGUGGACACGGAAGUAUCGGUGUUGGAAGAGCUAAAUAAGGCCGCCGAUGAGAUACUAAAGGCGGUAAAUGGGUACACGGAUGACGAGUCUCAGCUGCCGAAUAAUGAGCCGAAAGCGAAGCCGGACAACUCAGAGGUGAAACUUAAAAACAAAAAGAAAGCGGCCAGGUUACUACAAAGAGCCAACAGCAGAGAGGCGCUAUUGCACCUGGAUGAAAUGAGUUCGUCUGACGACGACGCCGUGGACGAGGUGCAAAGAGUAAAACCAAAAAUUCAAAGAAAAACUAAAACGCAACAGACCACCAACAGUGUGGCCACCAAGACCACUGCCAGUUUUACUAAAAAAAUCCAAAGCCGUGAGCAAAAUGUCACGAAAACGAACAUGCAACACAAAGUUCAUCCGACGUACUACGGUAACGUUUCGAGUUGUACACAAACGACUACGUCGAUGAAAUUCCGCAACGCUAAGCCCUCAGAUGUUUUGGCAAAACAAAUGAUCGACCAAAAGGACACCAAGGGAAGGUACCAAUGCAAAAUAACGACCCGGACUUUUAACUCGAACAGGAACACCAAAGGCACAGCCGAAGAAAGCAAAAGCUCUAUCAAAGGAUGUUAAUUAUACUAUUAUUGUCUUAAUAUGUUGGAAUGAGAACAUUUUGUUAAACGCUUUAAACAAUUAUUUUUAUAUAUAUCUAACUUAACAAAUAUUAUUAUAUACUUUAGCCGUUGUGUCGACAUAGGUACGACGCACGGUCCUAACUAGAGAUAUUAAUUUAUAUAUAAAUAUAUCAACAAUAAUUUUUUUUGUAAAAAGAAAAAGAAAAAUGAAAAAAAAUAGGUAAAUAAAUUUACAUUAGUUUAGUUGUUUUUUAUACUCGUAUAGUCUUUCAUCGUGUAUUACUACAAAUCAAUCUUUUAUUCAUUAAUUCGAUGGCAUUGACGAAGAUAGAAGAUUGUUACACCUAAUAUAUUGUUA